GAAACAAAAAAUUUUUGGGAAAAUAUUAUAAAACCUGAUGUCCAACGUGAUCAAGGUGGAGAUAUUUGGCUAGUUUAAGCAGAUAUAUUUACUUUACUGCAUUCAUUAGUGAAAUAAGAAAAUUGUGGUAAAACGCUCCUUUUUUAUCCAUAAUGAAAAGAUAAACUCUAGACUUGCUAGAAGGUAUACAGUUUUACCCGAAAGACUUUAAAAAAGCGACAGAGAUAGUCAUUCAAAGUCGAAGCUCUAAGUUUCUACUUGUAUUUGACUAUGAACAUACUAAAGUAUUUAAUACUUACACAACUCACAACUAGUUUUUAUCUAGUUGGUUUAACGAAUGUAUGAAAAAAGAACUCCAUUAUUUACCAAAAUAUCUCUCGUUUUUCCUUCAAGACCAAGCUGAGUACAAGAAACAACCCUAAAACAAUAGACGUAGAUAAUUAAUCAAAAAUCGCUUCAAGAUUGAUAUUAUAAUUAUUUUAGCAAUCGAAAUUCAAGUGCCUCGUACCUUCCAUAUCAUAAAUGCCUUAUAAAGUAAAUGUAUCUAUGGAUGUUGAUCGCCAAUACUAGCAUCAAAGCAUAGCUCUAAAAAUACAUUCCGUUUUGGAAAAAAGGAACUGCUCUUAUUUAUAAGAAUUUGGGGACUUUUUGCUGAUUGCAUGACUGGACGCUCCAAUCCCGGGAAUAUAUUAUAUGCAUGAUAGAAGCUAAAAAAAAAAGAAAAAAGAAUAAGAACCUUACAAGAAAGAAAGGUUAGUAAAUAAACAUUUAUACUAGGGAGAAUUUUCUUUCCUUUUCUUUCUCGACCUUAUAAUUUCUCUUUGGUAUUCAUUCAUCAUUUCAUGCAAUCCUUCAUUACGACGACAACAUAGAACAACAUCUUGGGGUUGAACCGUUUUACGACCAGCAUGUCUAGUUAGUCAUAGUUAGUAACAAACUUUCAAUAACGGUUUCAUGUAACAUACUCUGCAAAGUCCUCAAUGUCUUUCGCCAACACACGGAUUUGUUCCCAAACCAUUUCAGUUACUCCCACGCAGUAAAGUUCAUCUACAAUUACGUUUCGUGAUUCUGAGUCUCUUAAUUCAGCAGCGGUGUUGUUACAAACUUGCUGUGUCACAUGAAAGAUUUCAGCCUUGAACCUUUCCUAAUAUCCGUCUUAGCAUAAUUUAGUCGUCUUUAAUUUAAAGAAACUUACUUCUUCCAUUACUCUUAUUGACUAUGGUUUUCUUAAAUUCUUGCGAAGUGUUAACCUCCAAGAGCACUUCUCAAUUACUAUUAUCCGUAAGAGGUUGAAAUAAGGUCUAUUGCCAGCGAAUAUCUAUACCAGAACCAAUAAUUAUUGCAAGUUACUUGAAGAAAAGACAGGAAGGAGAUAUAUUUUUAUUUUUUGGCGAUAUAUAAUUGAUUUGGAUACACGGUUAUGUGUAGAAGCGAAGGCGUCUAAAAGAGUUCUUAACACAAGACAAAAGAAAUGGAAAAGCAUCUACUUGUAUGUUUCGGAACAUGAAAAUAUUUAUUUGUUUGAACAAAUGCAAUCUUGGAAAGUUUGAAAUUCAAACUUACCUUGGUAACUUAACCAGCAAUGAAAUCUAGAUGAUUGACUUUUCCUUUAGGUUUUUGGUCUUGGGAACCCAGGGUCGGCAUAUACAAAAUCCAGACAUUCACUAGGGAAGCUUCUGGUUCAAAUGUAUGCUGAGAGGAUGAAAUUUCCCAAAGGUUGGCCCUCUACUAAGGAUAACAUCACACUUUAUCCAUCAAAAAAUUAUAUGAACGAUUCCGGGAAGUUACUAGGAAAAGUACAAUCUCAAUACCUCAGUAGCUUAACUCCAAUGGAAAAGGCCAAGGCUGCCUGCAUAGUCGUGCAUGAUGAAUUAGAGCUAGACUUAGGAAAGCUUCGUUACCGCAUAGGUGGAUCACAUAAAGGACAUAAUGGCGUUCGUUCCUGUCAAGCCGUUUUGGGGAAGGAGGGAUUUCAUAGAAUAAGUGUGGGAAUCGGGCGCUGUGAAUCAAGGUCGAGUCAGGAGGUGGCUUCUUUUGUUUUAGGAAAAUUGAAGCCAAACGAAAUGAAGGUCGUAGAAACAAAGGUUUUUGAUGAAUUCUCUUCACUGCUUAAUCAAAUUCUUAGCGAAAAGAAUGAGCAAUCGUCUGAUAACCAAGGAAAUAAGAAAUAAAUACAAGGUGCAAGCAGCUUUUAGUGAGGCUCUGGGCGCUACAUCUAAAAUUUAGAUGGUUAGAUGGAUUUCUUAAAUAGCUAAGAUGAUCUUUUCGAAAGUCAGUUUAAUCUACAAAAGCUCAAUCUGAUUACUGACGUGGUUGUUGUUUCAAUCUCCUUUAGAAAGAUGAAGUAUUUUUACUUAUAUUCCAUCUUAGAUCCAUAAGUUCACGAAUAUGUUGAAUAUCAUUUUUAAAACCUUACUUAUCAUUUUUUAAUAAAUAGAGUGUAUACUUUGCUAGUAUCCUUUAGUUUUUGGUCUAAUGCAGUCUUACUUUAAAUGAUUACUGAAGCAACUACUAGUCAC